AAAGUCGUUCUUUUCAUGGCGUUGCUCUCACACAACACAGCCCUUUACAACACAAGGGAAAGUUGUAGAUAUGGAACCAACCCUAUUCCAGUAACAGCACUAUACAAUGAAGAUUCAAGAAAGAAUAUAAACCAGAAACUCUCUAAUAACCUGCCAACUAGAAGAUCAGACUUUUUUCAUCCUCAAGAACCCUCUACUUUGAACAGGACAAACAGGGUUGUAAGGCAAAACAGCAGUUGGACGUCGCAAAGAUGGAGUGAACCUAAAUUGUACGACUCUAUGCUUUCUGUUGGUUGGAACGCUUGUAUCUUGCCUAGUAUAAACAGUAUGACAUAUGUGGAUACUUGGCACAGUCCCUUUGGGCAAUCCUCUUCGCUUCCUAACUUGACUGCAGUAAAAGCUCCUCAUCCUUAUUCGAGCUUUAUUUGGAAUGAAACAAAGCAAAGUUUUGGUUUUGUAUAUCAACCUAAUAUUUUAGCAAACAAAGCCCAACUACAUUUCGGUGCCGAUAUGAACGCAGAAUACUUUGCUGGAAACUGGAAAAUGCAACCUGUUCUUUCGACAUCACGAGUUCCAGAUUAUAAAACUCAUCUGGAAGCUGCUAGUAGACUGGCUGGUACAACUUCCACAAUGAACAAAGUUGAAGAAGAACUAAGGCUUGCUAUCAACACAUGUCCACAAAAUCCCUAUGACAGAGCAAUAUUGGCUUCCGUAUGCUAUCAACUAGGCUUUUAUUCGUUGGCUGUGGAACAGUAUUGUUUAGCAACUGAAUUACAACCUAGUUUCGCAGAUGCGUAUAACAACAUGGGAAAUGCUUGGAAGGCCUUACAGAGAACAACGGAAGCAAGUAGAUGUUAUGAGGCUGCAUUGGCUUGGAAUGAGAGACAUCCACAUGCCCUAAAUAACUUGGGAAAUAUCUAUCGAGAUAAGGGAGAUCUUGAUCAUGCUGCAGCACUUUAUUCUAAAUGUCUCCAAGUUUGUCCAACACUUGCUGCAGCUCAUUGCAAUUUGGGUGGUAUUUGUCGAGAGAAGCAUCUUUUGAAAGAAGCAGUUUUGCACUUUCUAACAGCAUUGACUUAUGAUCCCCAUCUGGCAGCAGCAGCAAAUGGUCUCGGAGUGACUUACCGAGAGUUGAACCAAAAUGAUGAAGCACUGAAAGCAUUUUCUCUUGCAGCCUCUUUGCAGCCAUACGCUGCGGAACACUUUGCUAAUUUGGGGAAUACUUUAAAGGAUCUUGGCCGUCUGGAAGAGUCAGUGAAAUGCCAUCGUACAGCAAUCCAUUUGGCGCCACAUUUGGAAGAUGCUUUUAGUCAGCUUGCACAUUCCAUGGCCAUGCUUUGCGAUUGGACAGAUCGUAAUGAAAUAUUGAAGACAAUCAGAAGUUAUCUGGAUCGAAUCCUACAGUUAUAUCGUACAACUUGUAUACAAUUAUUGAGAAAUGUAUUUGAUGGGAAUUUGAAAAUGAACAUAAAAGUGAGACCAGAAUGCGAUGAUUUUCAGUCAUCCAAAGUAGUCUAUAAUAUUGUAGGUGGUCUGUUAUAUGGCUGUGAAGAACAACAACUACUGUCCUCAGUAAUUAGUGCCUCUAACAAGGAAACUAUAGAUAUGUUAGCUAUGCAACUUGUACAGAAUCUGCUACAGCUUCCAUUACCAAGUGUUCAACCAUUUCAUUGUCUCAUUUACCCAGUAACCAAUGAACAAUUCCGUCUACUUGGUUCAGUUUAUGCAGCUCGAGCAGCUGCUAAUGUCGCAUUCUGUAAAGUGCCUAAACUUGAAUGGAUAGAGCCCCAGUUGAAUUACUUUGGUGGCGGUCGUUUGAAAGUUGGUUAUGUCUCGUCCGAUUUUCAAAAUCAUCCAUAUGGACAUCUUACACAGUCUAUCUAUGGCUUCCACAGGUCGGGGAAGAGUGUUGAAUGUUUUUGUUAUAGUCUUUCACCUAGUGACGGAUCUCACUACCGUAAAAAGAUUGAGAAUGAAGCAGAACAUUUUCGUGAUAUUUCCCAUUUGACAGUACAUGAAGCGGCUUCCAUCAUCGCAAAUGAUGGAAUUCAUAUAUUGAUCAAUGCAAAUGGCUAUACAAAAGGAGCCAAGACUGAAAUAUUUGCUUUGAGACCUGCACCAGUUCAAGUUGCAUUUAUGGGGUUUGCAGGUUCUCUAGGAGCAUCCUAUAUUGAGUAUAUGAUAAGUGAUAUAGUAGCAUCACCACCAGAGUUUGUUCCAGAAUGUCAUACGGAAGUAAUGUUGUAUCAUCCACAUACUUAUUUUGUUUCUGAUCAUAAACAAUCCAGUCCCCGCGAGCCCAGAAUCAUCUCAAAGUCCAACAGUGGCAUUUCUGGAGAGAUCAUAUUGACAAGGGAAAGUUAUGGUCUUCCAAAAUCUGUAUAUGAAGGAGGAGACUGUACUGUUUUAUUCGCUAAUUUCAACCAACUUUACAAAUUAGAUCCUUCAACUCUCAAUAUUUGGUGUAAUAUCCUUAAAAGAGUACCAGGUAGCAAAAUAUGGUUAUUACGGUUCCCACCGGCUGCAGAAGCUCGUCUUCUAGCUCAAGUGAGCAAAAGACAUAUCUCUACAGACAGAAUUAUUUUCACCGAUGUUGCUCCAAAGGAAGAACAUAUAGCAAGAUGUGGUUUAGCUGAUAUAUUUUUAGAUACUCCUGUUUGCAAUGCCCAUACGACCGCUACUGAUGCGCUUUGGUCUGGUUUACCUGUAGUAACGGGACCAACUGUUCGUCUAGCUUCUCGAGUAGCUGCUAGUGUUUUACAUGCUGCAGGGUUAGAUGAACUCAUCGCAAGAGAUAUGAAUGAAUAUCAAGAUAUAGCAAUAUAUUUGGCUUAUAACUACGAGAAGCGUCUUGCCAUUCGAAAAUAUUUAAUAGAGAAUAGGGAUAGAUUGCCUCUCUUCGACACUCUCAGAUGGACAAGGAAUCUAGAGGCGCUGUUCUGGCAAGCUUGGUUUCACAAGUUCCAUAAUCUUCCUGACAGAAUUGUUUAUGGUCAAGACGUUUAUUCCUCAGCUUCUCCUAAUUGGCCUUUAUCCAACUGUUCGCAAUUCUUGAAACAUGCGAGGAAUGAAGGGUUCCGCAUUUGCUGACAGAUGAGAAUGCAAUGGUUGAUCU